AUUUUUGGCUGUGGCUACCUCUUGUUGUCUCAUGUCUGCAGUCACCUAUCUGCCCAGUCUGUUCAUGUAUUACUUUGCUUAGGUUCAUGGAGUCUUUUAGGGUUGGUCAAAGACCAAGAUGUUAUGGCUGUUGCUGUGAUGCCUGAGGUAGUUGGUGAAGAGAAUAAGCUUGACAACAGAUGGAAUUUGAUUCAAUUGUAG